AUGAGAGGGUCAUGCAAAUCCAGUGUUAAAUAGUCUGAAACAUAUAUUUUAAAUUCAAAUACAGGUUGUGUGCAGUAAACCGAGCCAUGGGAGAUUAUAACUGGAGCAGCAUUUCUCUGACUCAACAAGGCUAAGCUUCAGAUUUCUAUCCUCUAGAAUAUUUCGAGUUGCUGCGCAGUCAUUAAUUGGUUUUAUGGCUACAAAGCAAAUUAUCCUCGUUGACAAAUUUUGUUGGUUUUCUUGUGAAGUUGCAUCUUUCAGCUACUGUGAUAUGGUCAUUGGAUAAAAUCACUGCCUGGUGUGGCGCUAUGGUCUGCAAAACAACUAGCUCAAGCUUGUGCAAAAUUAGAUGAACUCUGGCAGGACAGAAGUUUGCGAUGUCACAGUUAUCAAUGUAAAAAGUCAGUGUCUUGGAUCACAGUGUGUAUCCAAGCGGUUCUUUUCAGAUUCAGCUUGUUUCUCCUAGGAUUUAACUACAACUGUUCAGAUGGGGUGCAGAUGCUGUAGAAUGAUAAGGAGGUACAUCUUUGGACCUACUAUUGUAAGAGAACUACCGCCCAACAGUGUGAAAAAUGAAAAAAAUUAUAGAAACAAUGACAUUAAACAUGAGGCGUCAUUUCACAACAGCAGCAUCAAAACUAACAAUAUUGUCACUUCAACUUUGGACAAAGUGAUAAACUUGGAAGAACAAAAUAUAGAAAUUACAAGGAAGGAAAUGAAUGUAACACGUGCAGAAGAAAAAACAGUGGAAGGUGUUGAAGACAACACUGACAAUGUUGUAAUACGUGCACUGAAUAAUAAACUUGCACAUCCAGAGUCUUACACAGUUACAGAACGUGAUGAAAUAACUCAAACCGCUAAUACAGGUAACUGUUCCUCAAACAAUAACAUAAGAGAGACAUCUGAGGAUGAACUGACACAGCACCAUGACCCAGAAACAGAAAGUGAUUGCCAAAUAGUCAAUGGGCCAUCCACGGAACAUCCCACUGAAGCAGAAAACAUCGAGAAAGCAUGUGAAGUGCAUGAAGGAGGAGACAAAACAACUGACAAGAAAAUUGACUUUGUAAAUAACAGUAAACUGUUGCAUAUGCAAAAUAAUGAAGUAAAUCGAUACAAUCUGGAAACUGACACAGAAAAAGUCAAAUCUUCAUCCAACCAAUCUUCUAAUUCGGAAAUGAAUACCAUAAAUGUGUAUGAAGAUCUAGAAAACACGCCCUCUAGUAUUACUGAUGAAGCACCUAGCAAUGAUUUGUUUGAAGAAGUGAAACUCUGGGUAGAUGGGGAAGAUCCGGAGGUGGUUGCUGCACUUGCAGCACUGGAAGCAGCAACAGCAGGACAGGAUGAUGAUCUGGAGGAUUAGACUGUGCUAAACGACAUGGGACUCACUGAAACACACUGAUAUUAAGCAUUUAAUAUAUUUUUGGGUUUCAAAUGGCUUCCCUAGUCAUCAGAACCUUACGACUGUGGCAUCUGAUUAACAUGAUACCAGUUAUUGUUUCUAAACUGAAAAGUAGCUAAAAGAUAAAAGGACCAGGGCAUGGAUCACUUGACUUGGAUAUUUUUGGCAGGCAACCAUGCCAAUUUGGGCACAAUAAGAGUUACCUUUGGAAGGUGGGAUGGUGGUAUUGAAAAAGAGCACAGACAACAUGCACGUGAGUGAAUCAAAAUGCCAAAUCAGUUCCAGCAUCUUGGAAGCUUUGAGUCCCAGACACACUACAAUACCCAAACAAUUAUUCUUAGCCUGCAUUUAGUUCAAAGAACAAGAAGGGGCCAGGACCUGUAGUAACUCUGGACAAAUUAUUCUGUUGGUCUGAUUUCCUGGUCAUUUCAUAUGAUCUGAAUGGGGCAGAUCAAACUUGUGUUUGUUCCCAGCAUGAUGGAAACUCUUCAAGGUUCUUUCUUUCAGCAUAACCAACUUUUCAACCAGCAAGAGCACAUUUGCGGUCAUGACCUUUCAAUUCGUCUUUACCAAUGCCGUCAUGGGGUACUUUGUGCCUGGUGUAAUGUAGAAACAGCACCAUUACUGCAUUAAGUCCGUCAUUGUAUUUUCCUUUGAGAUUUUCAGUGUUUAUUCUCACUCUUUUGGUCACCCCCUUAACCUUAAUCAUCGCUCUUUAAGAGCAGUUCACUGUAAUGUAGAAAUGUCAUAAAGGUGGUGGCCAUUCAAUCCAUUAUAUCUCUGGUGGCCAAAAAGAGCAAACUUGCCUAAUCCCACUUUCCAGACCUGUAGGCUUCAACACUAAGCAGUACCUUUUCAAUGUGAUGAGGUGUUCUGUCUAUUGCAGUUUUUCAAUGAGUGAGUUUGUGCUUCCUUUAUAUUCAAACCUAAAUUAUCAGUCUUUUGAAUGAAAAUCAAGAGACCAGCAUUGAACCUGAUGGAACCCCAAUGGAAGUUAUGGAAGUAACUCCUGGCCAAUGUUACAUGCCACUUUACAUCCAGUCUGCAACUUUCCCCUUGGUCUGAUUACUUCUUACUUUGCAGAUUAGUCAGCAUGUGGGAUCUCCUUAAAAGCCUUCUUAAAUCCCUUGUAAACUAAAUCAACCAAAUUACCCUCGUCCACCCUCUUUGCUACCACUUCAAAACUAGCAAUCUGUAAGACUGAAUCUUCACUUCAUAAAGCCAUGUUGACUAUCCUUGAUUAAUCCAUAUUUUUCAACACAACAAUGAACACUAUCCCUCAGAAUACUUUGUAGUAAUUUGGGCUGGGUACCCUGUAAUUACUUGAGCAAUACCCUCCUCUCUUUUUAAACAACAGUUACACUAUUAACAACUGUCACAACAUCUCAGAAGAUUUCAGAGCCUCCAUUACCUCCUUCCUUGUUUCUUUGAGCUGCAUGGAGUACAUUUUAGGCAUAAUGAGUUUCCUACUUUCAAAGAUGCCAAACACUUCAAUAUUUCCUCUCUCACUAUCUAUGCCAAUAGAACACUUCACACUCCUUUUUAAACUACAAUGUUUGCAUCAUUCCCAUAACCAGUAAAAACAAAAUAUUCAUCAAGAACCAUGACCGUGUUUUUUAUCUUCACUUGGUCAUUAAUUGGCCCUGCACUUAGUUAUCUUCUUGUUUAUUGACUCUUUCUUAAACAUCUUUAGAUUCUCAUUGAUGUUAUUUGCUGUUAAUUAAUGAAGCCUUGUUUUUGCUAUCCUAAUUUCCUUUUAGUUUCAUCCUGCAUCUUUUUUACAACUUCCAGGUUUUCUGCAGUAAUGAGUCUUAAUUGUUGACAUAAGCUUGGUUUUACCUUAUCAUACAUUCUCUGUCUUUGACUUAUUUCCAGGGCAUAGAACAUAGAACAUAGAACAAUACAGCGCAGAACAGGCCCUUCGCCCCUCGAUGUUGCACCAACCUGUGAACUGCUCUAAGCCCCUCCCCCUUAGUUUAACACACCUUGUCCUUCAAAUGACUUCGUCACGUUCUCUUAUCCAAGCUGUAAACUGGGAUAGGAGACCAAUUCUCGGAGAUAAUGGGAACUGCAGAUGCUGAAGAUUCCGAGAUAAUAAAGUGUAGA